GGGUUACAAAAGUUUUGUUGAAAUUCUGAAAUACUGGGAUCCUAUUAUUAGCAGGAUUUGGCGCUUUGGAACUAAAAUUCCCGCUCGGUUGUGAUUUGUCAAGUCUCUCUCUUUGCUGCUCGGAAUUUGAACUCAGAUUUUCAGCCCCUUCACUCUUAAGUUGGCUAAACUAGAAGGUUCCAAUCUUCCCGCCCAAUCCAUUUGUCUCCGAAAACCAAAACCCUAGAAUUUGGGGGAAAACUCAGAAUGGACGCCAAGGACAUCUUGGGUCUGCCCAAAACCACGCAUCCCUUAUCGCAGGAGAAGAAAUCGCGACCCCCCAAGGAGUCUCAGCGCAAACCCGAUGGCAUUUCACGCGAGGUGUAUGCCCUAAUUGGCGGUGUGCCACCUCUCAUGCCGGCAAUUGAGCCGUCGCAGCUCAAGAAACGCCCCCCAACCGAUGAGAAGAUCACUUGGCAGUGGCUUCCUUUUAUGAAUUCUGCGCGGAAGGAUGACUUGCAGCUUUACCAUUGGGUUAGAGUUGUCAAUGGUGCCCCGCCUACUGGUGACUAUUCCUUUGCCAAGUAUAACAAGUCUGUGGAAGUUAUUAAAUACACUGACGAGGAGUAUGAGAAGUAUUUGACUGAUCCUAUGUGGACAAAAGAGGAGACAGAUCAGUUGUUCGACUUGUGUCAACAGUUUGAUCUCCGCUUCAUUGUGAUAGCAGACAGGUUCCCAUCGUCUCGUACUGUGGAGGAAUUAAAGGAUCGAUAUUACAGCGUAUCUCGACAUAUUUUAAUUGCUAGAGCAGCAUCGCCUGCAGAUGUAUCAGGGCACCCUCUUGUUAAGGAACCAUACAAAGUUACACAAGAGAAAGAGCGCAAGAGAGCACUGUCCAUGGUCCUUUCUCAAACAAAGAAUCAAGAGCGGAAAGAUGUGGAGGUUCUUGCAGAAGCGAAGAGAAUAGCCGAGUCACGUGCACGCAUGGUUGCAAGGAGUGCUAGAGAUUUGGAGUUGCCUGUCACAUUCGCUGGUCGUGAAAAUGAUGAGAGUAUAUCACCAUUAUCCAGCACCGCAGCACCUUCAACUUCGAUGGCAGAUAAUUCUUCCACUCUAAGCACUCUUCGCUUGCUUCGAGUGUAUCUUAGAACAUAUGCGCUCGACCAGAUGAUCAUAGCUGCAAGCUCUUCUGCUGGACUUCGGACUAUCAAGCGUGUUGAACAAAGUUUACAAGAACUUGGGGUUAAUCUAAAACCAAGAGUUCCAACUAAAGUUGUUUGUUCAGAGCAUCUUGAAUUAAGAAAAGAAAUACUGACUCUACUGAAUCUUCAGAAAGAGUUGCAAUAUAAGGAGGCAGAUGGUUCAUCUUAUCGUGACAGUACUUAUGAAGCACCAGGCACACCCAAGGAUCGCACGUUUGUUCCUGACUCGAUGGCGUUUGGAGGUGAAAGAGUUGGUAAACGAGAUCAGAAGCGCAAGGGACCUGGUAGGGUAUCAGAAGCUCCCUCGUCACCAGCGCAGUCUAAAAGGCCAAGGAAGUUAAAGGCACCGGAUCUGUAGUUUCAGAACAAGCACAACAGCUCUAAGUCGAGUGAAUUGGAGGAUGCAUAAAUUAAUUAGUGUAAAGCUCUAAGCUUUAUGAUGAUGAAGAUUUAAAAGUUGGUGUUACGAAUUGGAGAACAUGCUAUAUGUUCUAUCUUUCAUGUGUUUCGUAGUUAGAUGUAACCGGUGACACAAGUCCAGAGAAUCUGCUAUAUGGACUUACCUAGAAGGUAAGUGGUGAGUUGGCUCAACCAUUAAACAGCCGAAUUAUGUGCAUGUCAUAAGUGGAAGUCCAUUUGUCUUUAGGAAAAUUUAGAUUAUGUGUAGUAGUUGGUCAGAAUCAUGAGAGCUAAGCUGAACUCUUUUGUUCAUUGUUCUACUUUUUAACUCUAGGUUUUACAUUUUCUCUUGUGAAGAGAAGUGCUGAUGAAUGUUAUAUUUAGGUAUUUAUGCAUACAUUCUGUAUAAUAUGUACUUUGCUAUCAGUCAGGUUGUGCUCAUAUGUACAUAAAUAAUGAUUCUUUCAAGGCAAAUUUUAUUUUUAUCGAUUU